AUGAAGCAAACAAAAGGACUAACCUCCAUCUUCACACCGCUGCCUGGCCCUACUUUUCCCCCGGUGCUGCAGGACCCUGCUGGGGGCUCCUCAUGGAAGGGCUGGGGAGGGUGGGGGGAAGGCCAUGCUGCUGCACUAAUGUGGCCUCCCCUGCUUUAUCGUUUCAGAAAAUUUGAAUUUAACCCCAAAGAUGGGAUCGACAACCCUGCCUUGUCGCUGGCUGAGGACAUGGAUGGUGAGGGCAUGGGGGAGCCUCGCUUCUACCUCCUGAGCAAGGGCAGCACAGAGACCUUCGGCUUCUACCUCCAUGAGGAGCUGGGCUACCAGGGCCACAUCAUCCGGCAGGUCGAGCUGGGGGGGCUGGCCCAGCGCAGGGGGCUGCAGGAUGGAGAUCGGCUCCUCCAGGUCAAUGGCCACUUUGUGGACCACAUGGACCACUGGAAGGUGGUGCAGAAGAUCAAGGCCAGCGGGAACCAGGUCCUACUGACGGUGCUGGAUGGCGACUCCUAUGAAGCAGCCAAAGCCCUGGGUAGGGACCUGUCUCAAAUGCUGCCGACUGACAUCCGCCCACGCCUCUGCCACAUCACGCGGGACAAAAGUGGUUUUGGCUUCAGUGUGUCGGGUCCAGAAGGUGUGAAGGGCACCUUCCAGCUGUCAGUGCAGCAGGACGGGCCAGCGGAGAGAGCAGGGGUGCCACCAGGCUCCUGGCUCCUGGAGCUGAACGGGGCCAGCGUGAGGAGCUACUCACACACACAGCUCGCCCGCAAGGUGUGUGCUCCUGGCCGAGGUGGGUGGGGGACUGGGGCUGGCGAUGUCACUGAGCACCCUGCAUUUCCCAUCCAGCUUAAGCAAAGCGGCAGCAAGGUGACGCUGCUGGUGGCAUCCAGUGCCGUGGAGGAGUUCUACCGCUUGCGGGGCCUGCAGGUCACGGCCGCCUUGGCAGACACCUCCUGGCUCCCCUUCAAGGUCCGGGAGCUUCACAUGGUGAAGGGUCCAGCUGGCUAUGGGUUUCUGCUCAAAGAGGAUGACUGCCGCUCAGGAGCCACAGGCCAGUUCCUGUGGGAUGUGGACGUGGGGCUGCCGGCCGAGCAGGCAGGGAUGAAGGAAGGGGACCGUCUCCUGGCAGUGAAUGGUGAGAGCAUCGAGGGGCUGGACCACCAGCAGACGGGGCUCAGGGUCCGGGCCCUGGAUGCGCUGCUGGUCAUCGACCCUGCUGGUGAUGAGUUCUACCAGUCGAUUGGGCUGUCCCCUCUGCUGUUCUUUGAGGACAGUGACCCUGCCUCAGGCUCCCGCACGCCCUCCCUGCCCUCUCCCACUGACUCCCCUGGACUCUGUCAUGUUGAGGUGGGACCAAAGGGACUCGGCUCCUGGCUGGUGGCUGCUGCUAACAGUAUAGAGAUCACACAGGAGGGGGCUGCAUGGUCCCCUGGCCACAAGGGUCAGGCAGAAAGACCACUCCAACCUGCCCAUGGCCAAGAGUGGAGUGUGGUGUGGUGGGUGGAUGCAUGCUGCCCGCAAUGCCCCUGCUGUGUGCCUGCAGAGCCCGCGCCAGGAGGAGCAAAGGAGGCUGCACCAGGCGUUCUAGCAGCCCAGGCGACCCUGCCUCCAGCCAGGCUCCCAUGCACAGCGCCUCGACCCAGGCCACGUCAAGCCCAUCGCCACUGUGUCGCUGUGCCCGUGAUGAGACUUACAGCAUCACAACUCCCAGAGACUCAUCUCCACUGACCGAGGCUGGCUCCAAGCUUUUAUUAA